UUUCGUAGCACCGGCCGCUCGUAGUUCACGUAGCGGCUCGUAGCCAGUACUGUUCAUAUUUCGGUGUAUGUGGUUUAUUUGGUGUGUAGUUCGUAACGUAUGUGUGAAUUAAAUUGUGAAGUACUCAAAUGAUGUGUGUGUUGGAUACAAGUAUUUACGUGUUUGCCGAUAAGCCCGUUUGAUGGUUCGGAAAAAUGGUAAGAUACAUCGUAUUGUACGAGCGAAGUACUACAUCAACGAAGAAAAAUAUAGCCCUGUGUAGUUAGGAGAAAAAAUAUAUACUCGAGAUGAGAUGGCGACUGACUGGCGGCAUGGGCAUACAGCUUGCGGCGGCCAUAUUCUGCAUGCUGCCUCUCUUCACAUCAUCCACAGGAGACAUACGACAUCAUGGCACGUCAAGAGCUCGCGGGUGGCGCGCAGGCGUGCAGCCCUCCGCUGACGUCACGGCUAACAACACGGUCAGCAAUAUUACUGCUCAGCUGGGAGGCACGGCGUACCUGCACUGUUUGGUGGGACAUUUGAGUGAGAGAGGCCAAGUGUCGUGGAUCAGGAAAAGGGAUUGGCACAUCCUGAGCUCCGGGAAGUUCACAUACACCAAUGAUGAACGGUUUCAGGUGUUACAUGGAGAAGGUUCAGAAGACUGGACAUUGCAGAUCAAAUUCGUGCAGAAAAGAGACAACGGGACUUACGAAUGUCAGGUAUCGACGCGAACAGGCAUCGUGUCCCACUACGUGCGACUGCAGAUCGUGGUGCCAGAAGCCUUCAUCCUGGGCUCCGGAGAGCACCACGUCGAUCUCGGCAGCGUUAUACAUCUUAUAUGCAUCGUUGAGAAGAGCCCAACACCACCCCAAUACGUGUUCUGGUACCACAACGACCGCAUGAUCAAUUACGAUGCUACCCGCGGCGGCAUCACGGUGGAAACAGAGCCGGGUGCGCGCACGCAGUCGCGGCUCACCGUCCGCGGCGCCACGCUCAAGGACUCCGGGAACUAUACGUGCAGCGCGAGUAAUACGGAGCCCGCUUCCAUACAUGUCUUCGUUUCUGAAGGCAGUAACAAAAUGGCGGCGAUCCUACGACGCAACACGAGCGCUAUCCACGGCAUCACCACCAGCGGCACGUGUUUGCUGCUUCUGACAUCAGUGCUGAUGCACUUCGGCCUCCGAUGACGUUAGUGCGGGUGGCGAGCGAAGCAGCACUGUAUGAGAGAGGUAGCAACGGGUAUAGGUAGCACUGUUGCUGAGAGUGACGGGUUCUUUUUUGAAA